AGUCAGGUCCUCCCAGAGCAGAGCGCAGGAGAAGGAGCGGGGGAGCCUGGAAAUAGCUUCCAAAUAUCCGGCAUUGAUCGGGACGAGAGCCUUAUCGCACCGGGACCGCUUCCUGUCAGGUGUCGCGACACGGGGGUUUACGACGCGACGACCGGAGCAAGAGUGCAGGUCAUCAUCCAGUGCCGGGGAGUGAGCGGGAGUCGGAGGGGCGGGGCCAGCACGGCAACACUCGGGAGGACGGCGCUGUGCCGCUCUGUGCAUAUCCCCAUCGUGACAUGUAUUUGGCAGUGUUAUCGUAAGUCACAUUGGAUUUUCAGCGGAUGAACAGCAAAAGGGGAAUUUUCAAUGUCCUACGCCUCUGUUGAGAACACUGACUAUUUACUGCAUUGGGGUGUCAUGGAUGAACUCCACAGCUUGGACCCAAGGCGGCAGGAAUUGCUGGAGGCCCGAUUCACUGGAGGUGUCAGUGGCAGCACUGGAAGCACCGGCAGUUGUAGCGUUGGGGCAAAGGCCUCGACAAACAAUGAAAGCUCCAACCACAGCUUUGGGAGCCUGGGUUCUUUAAGCGACAAAGAGUCAGAGACUCCAGAGAAGAAACAGCCAGACUCUUCAAGGGGGAGGAAGCGGAAAGCCGAGACUCAGAAUGAAAGCAGUCAAGGAAAGAACAGUGGUAACCGAAGUCACAAGAUUAGUGACUAUUUCGAUUAUCAAGCUGGGAAUGGUUCCAGUCCUGUUAGAGGCCUACCUCCUUCAAUCCGGUCUCCGCAGAACUCCCACUCACAUUCCACACCUUCAUCUUCUGUGAGUCUUAGCGCUGUUCGACAGAACAGUCCUUCACCUACGGCAUUAGCGUUUGGGGACCAUCUUAUGACACCUACAAAGCAGUUAUCAUAUAAACUGAUACAAACUGAUCUCACCAUGCUGAAGCUUGCUGCCCUAGAAAGUAAUAAAAAUCAGGAUCUGGAAAAAAAAGAAGGCAGAAUUGAUGAUCUGCUCAGGACAAACUGUGAUCUUCGACGACAAAUAGAUGAACAGCAAAAAAUUCUCGAAAAGUACAAAGAAAGGUUAAAUAAAUGUAUUUCAAUGAGCAAAAAACUUCUUAUUGAAAAGAGCACUCAGGAGAAGCUGGCGAGCAGAGAGAAGAGCAUGCAGGACCGACUGCGCCUGGGACACUUCACCACGGUCCGGCACGGGGCCUCCUUUACUGAGCAGUGGACAGAUGGAUUUGCUUUUCAAAACCUUGUCAAGCAACAGGAGUGGGUAAAUCAGCAGAGGGAAGACAUCGAACGACAGAGAAAGCAGCUGGCCAAGAGAAAACCGCCAUCUUCAAAUAGCGCCCAGUCCCCAUCCUCGAAUUCAGAACCAAAGCAGAGGAAAAAUAAAGCUGUCAAUGGAGCAGAAAAUGACCCCUUUUUGAAACCUAGUUUACCCCAAUUGUUAACCCCUGCUGAAUAUCACGAGCAGGAAGAGAUUUUCAAGCUUCGACUCGGCCAUUUGAAAAAGGAAGAAGCUGAAAUCCAGGCAGAGUUGGAGCGUUUGGAAAGAGUUCGAAAUCUUCACAUUCGAGAACUGAAAAGAAUUAACAAUGAAGAUAAUUCACAGUUUAAAGAUCACCCUACAUUGAAUGAGCGUUAUUUAUUACUUCAUCUACUAGGACGAGGAGGUUUUAGUGAAGUAUACAAGGCUUUUGAUCUUUAUGAACAAAGAUACGCCGCUGUGAAAAUUCACCAACUCAACAAGAGCUGGAGAGACGAGAAGAAGGAAAAUUACCACAAGCAUGCCUGCAGAGAGUAUAGAAUACACAAAGAACUUGAUCACCCUCGGAUAGUUAAACUUUACGAUUACUUCUCCUUGGAUACAGACACAUUUUGUACAGUUCUAGAAUACUGUGAAGGCAACGACCUUGACUUCUACCUAAAACAGCACAAGUUGAUGACUGAAAAAGAAGCCCGAUCCAUUGUAAUGCAGAUAGUCAAUGCACUACGUUAUCUGAACGAGAUCAAACCUCCCAUUAUCCAUUAUGAUCUGAAGCCAGGAAAUAUACUUCUUGUCGAUGGGACAGCAUGCGGAGAAAUUAAAAUCACAGAUUUUGGCUUAUCAAAAAUAAUGGACGACGACAGCUAUGGUGUGGAUGGAAUGGAUCUAACCUCACAAGGGGCAGGAACAUACUGGUAUUUACCACCCGAGUGUUUUGUGGUGGGCAAGGAACCUCCAAAGAUCUCAAAUAAAGUGGAUGUAUGGUCAGUCGGAGUCAUCUUUUUCCAGUGUCUGUAUGGUAGGAAGCCCUUUGGACAUAACCAAUCCCAGCAAGACAUAUUACAAGAAAAUACCAUAUUAAAAGCUACGGAUGUUCAGUUUCCUGUGAAGCCUGUUGUAAGCAAUGAAGCCAAGGCAUUUAUAAGACGGUGUUUAGCUUACCGCAAAGAAGACCGGUUUGACGUCCACCAGCUGGCCAGUGAGCCGUACCUUCUCCCUCACAUGAGAAGAUCCAACUCUUCAGGAAACCUGCACAUGUCCGGCCUAGUGGCCUCUCCCACCACGCCUACAUCAAGCAUCAUUUCAUACUGAUCCUCCAGUCCAGGCCAGCAUGAUUAUGUGUUCAUUAGCUUUCAAGUGCAGAUUUUAGUUUAAAGAUAAAAUAAAGAUUUGAGUAGAUUUUAUUUUAUUUCUCCCCCCUCCCUUAACCAAGGAUGUGUUUAAAGACAUUUGUGUGUAUUGGAGGAAAUGACCUCCUUAGUGUUAUUUGUAUGACGAGCGAAGAUGACUGUGAAUAUAUUCUCCCUGACUGUAAUAUUUUACAUUGGCCUCAAUGUGCUGUUUAAGCCAUUUUCAAGCUACAGGGGAUGACCUGGGCUGCGCUCGUCUUCUGCCCUUGGCCAUGGGCUGAGAUGCCUGACACGAGUGUGCACGUGAAGCCAGGUUCAUGCUCUCGGAAGAGAGAAGGUCAUGCUUUUUUUUUUUCCUCCCUCCAUUAGAGGGGACUUUGUAAAUAUUCUUUGUAAUACUAAAACACAAUUGGUUGAUACUGGAGAGUUUUUCGCUGGAAGGGCAUUUUUCAUUCUUUACAACAGAAAAUGAGUUAUUCGAUUUGACAGACGCGUAGGGAACACGCAUCGGCCCGGAGUCUCAAGCACCUGUGUAUUGAAACCAAAGCUAAAAGAGCGAGUGAGGUAGUCACAAUGUGUGUGUAUUAUUCUAUUUCUUCCUGUUCACAUUUUCAAGAUAAAGUUUUGAGUUGCACGUAUACGUUCUGAGGUUGAAUCUUUGUUUUUCAUCAUUCCACUUUUUUUUUUUUUUUUUGGGCCAUUAUGUACAUAAACCACACACCGUAGGUACCAAAUGCUCUCAAAACUUUACAUGAAAUUUUCUAUGCAGGACAAUGAGAAAUUCCCUUCUAUCGCCGAUGUAUAUUGUUGUACAGAUGUCAUAUUUUUUUUUCUUUUCUUUUCUUUAUUUUCUUUUUCUUUUCAUGUAUUUUCAGCAGCUUUCGCCCUUCCCCUCCUCCUUACUUGUACAAAUGUUUAAGAACUAUUGCUUUUUCUAUUGAUUUUUAAGUUUUAUUUCGAAGUCUCCUCGAUGGCGCUUUUCAUUUGCUGCUAAAAAAUAACUUCUCAUUUUUGCAAGACCAUAGAAAUGGCUUCUGUGAAAAAG